AUGGCCCCUACCGAAGUCCAGCGCUGGCAAACCCGCCAAGAUGGCCUCGCCAACCUCUUCCGCGCAACAGCCCCCCUCCCCUCCCCGGGGCCCAACGAGGUGCUCGUCAAGAUCAACGCCGUCAGCUUCAACUACCGCGACACCGAGGUCGCCAUGGGGCUCUACAGCCACCACAAGACAAUCAACCCCGAAGCCACGGAGCCGCUCGUCCCGGCGUCCGACAUGUGCGGCUCCAUCGCCGCCGUGGGCCCGGACGUGAGCGGCUGGACCGUCGGCGACCGCGUCGUGUCCAUCUUCAACCAGACGCACCUCGCGGGCCAGAUCAAGGCCGCCGACAUGAAGUCUGGGCUGGGGUUCCCGUUGGAGGGCGUGCUGCAGACGUACCGCGUGUUCCCCGCGACGGGCCUGGUGCGCGCGCCGAAGCAUCUCAGCGACGAGGAGGCGGCGUGUCUGCCGAUUGCGGCGGUGACGGCGUGGAUGGCGAUUAACCAGUUCCGACCGCAGGGACAGCCGGGAGGUGAGGGGGAGGUGGUGGUGUGUCAGGGGACUGGGGGCGUUGCUAUCUCCGGGUUGCAGAUUGCCAAGGCGGCCGGGGCGAAAGUCCUCAUCACGUCCUCCUCGGACGCGAAGCUCGAAAAGGCCAAGGCCCUCGGCGCGGACUACACGGUCAACUACCGCACGCAGCCCAACUGGGACGAGACAGUCAACUCCGUCACGAACGGCGAGGGCGCGGACAUCAUCCUCGAGACGGGCGGGGCCAAGACGCUGCGGCGGUCGUUCGAGGCGAUCGGGUUCGGCGGGACGAUCGCGUGCAUCGGGUACCUCUCGGGCAAGGUGGACUCGGAGGAGGACCGGACCAACGUCAACCUGCUGGCGCUGCGCAAGACGGUGACUCUCAAGGGCCUGAUCAACGGCCCGCGGGAGCGGUUCGAGGAGAUGGUGGCGUUCUACGAGGACAAGGGCAUCAAGCCGGUUGUCGACCGCGUGUUUGCGUUUGGGGAGGCGGACGAGGCGUUGCGGUACCUGUACAGCGGCGGCCACUUUGGCAAGGUCGUGGUCAAGGUGCAAGAGUAA